UCCCACCACCAGGGCGGCGCUAGAAGCAAGCGGCAGGCACGCCCGGAGCCUCUCUAGCCUCCUCUUCCCAGCCUGGGUCCGGGAGAGCGACCGCGGUCGCAGGCGUAGCGGGCUGGGAAGCCAUGUGGGCUGUACUAAGUCACCCAGACUCUCGGGGAGGCGCAGACUCGGGACGGAGGAAUCUCUACGCCUUACUGUUGCCUGGAGGAGUUUACGCCCUCUGUGAAAUGCAAAAUGCAGAUUCUCUCUCAGGUCUCUUCUGCUGCUCCCUUUUCAGUUUCUUCCUUGCGAUGACUCUCGAGUGUCUCCCCUCCCUCGGCGCGUUGGUACGAGCCGAAGCCAAAGGGCCGUGGCAGGAAAAGGAAGCAGGCCGGCCUUAAAGGGACCUCAGCCAUUAUUUAUUUAAUUUAUUUAUUUAUAUUUAAAAGCUGCUCUCUCCUUCUUCCGAUGUUCUUAACGUCCCCGACAGAAGAGUAGGCUCGAGGAGCCAGGCGCAGCCUGAGCUGCGGGGCCCGCUGCUGGAGACGGCAGCAGCUCCUGCCCAUCGGAAGGCCAGGUGCGUGUGAGCUGUGCCCUGGGGUGUCCUGCGCCCCGGCGCCCUGCGGGCUCUAACAACUGGGAUCGCCCGGGGGAACUGGGCCCAGGGCUCAGGUGGAGCGGCCGAUGCCCCGGACUGAAAGGUGAGACCACGCUGGUAAGGCUGGGACAAGACCUUGCACCUCCAGUCCUGGGCCGAGACGACAGGGGAGCCGCCAAGAUGCCAGAGGAAAAUAUCUUCCUGUUCGUGCCUAACCUUAUCGGUUAUGCUCGGAUUGUCUUCGCCAUCAUUUCCUUCUACUUUAUGCCCUGCUGCCCCUUCACGGCCUCCUCCUUCUAUCUACUCAGCGGACUUCUAGACGCUUUCGAUGGACACGCAGCUCGAGCCCUUAAUCAAGGAACCCGAUUCGGGGCCAUGCUCGACAUGCUGACGGACCGUUGUGCCACCAUGUGUCUCUUGGUCAACCUGGCCCUGCUAUACCCUCGAGCCACUCUUCUCUUCCAGCUCAGCAUGAGCUUGGACGUGGCCAGUCAUUGGCUGCACCUGCACAGUUCUGUGGUUCGAGGCAGUGAGAGUCACAAAAUGAUCGACCUGUCUGGGAAUCCUGUGCUUCGGAUCUACUAUACCUCUAGGCCUUGUAUUGUGUGCAGCCUGCUCUGUUCACCCUGUGUGCUGGAAAUGAACUCUUCUACUGCCUCCUGUACCUGUUCAAUUUCUCUGAGGGACCACUAG